AUGGUCCUUCCUGUUGAAUUCAAGCCUCCUACUAUGUACUCCACCCAGCCAAACGUGAGGACCGAGAUCGAGGAGCUGGUGCGAGAACACCACCGAGACAAUUUGCUGGGGAAGGACGGAAAGAUCUAUGACAAAGCUGUUGUCAUUAGCCAUAGUGGUGACCCAAAAGAACAUUGUACCGUUGAAUAUUAUGCUGGAAGCUACGUGAAGACUCAGCACGUCUACCACAAGGAUUGA